CAGUACGACAUCAAGUAUAAGAGGUCUGAGCAGCAUUGCAAUGCAGAUGAACUGUCUAGGCUGCCUUUGCCAGACACAAAACCAGAAUGCCCUCAAGGCGACAUCUUCUACUUCCAAGAAAUGCAAGGUGCUCCGGUAACUGCUGCCCAAGUGAAACGAUUCACAAGAACUGACCCAGUCUUGUCAGAAGUUCUGACCAGGAUAUCUCAGGGCUGGAAAGGAAAGAUGACAGAUAAAUUCAAACCCUAUCUGAUUCGACGAAAUGAGUUGACAGUGCAGUCGGAUUGCUUGCUGUGGGGUUAUCGUGUCAUCAUACCCCCGCCUCUGAGGCGCCGUUUGUUGAAAGAACUUCACGCUGGUCAUUCGGGAAUAGUGAGAAUGAAAGAGAUGGCACGCAGCUACUUCUGGUGGCCUGGCUUGGAUGCAGAGAUUGAAGAGGAAGCAAAGGGUUGUACAGAGUGUCAGAAUGUAAGGAACAUGCCCCAGCCAGCUCCCUUACAUCCAUGGGAUUUUCCAGAGGUGCCAUGGCAAAGAAUACACAUAGACUUCGCAGGACCACUGGAGAACCACAUGUUUCUGGUUCUUGUGGAUGCUCACAGUAAAUGGCCUGAGGUUGCAGUCAUCCAUAACACAUCCUCUGAGAAGACCAUUGAGGAGCUUAGAACUGUUUUCAGUCGUUUUGGGCUGCCACAACACCUUGUAAGUGAUAAUGGCCCCCAGCUGGUGUCUGAAGAGUUUCAGUCUUUUCUGAGUGUAAAUGGAACUCAGCACAUCAGGUCUGCUCCUUAUCAUCCAUCCACAAAUGGCCUGGCUGAACGAUUCGUGCAGACACUGAAGAAGGCGUUAAAGACAUCUCAGGGUAAGGGCUCCCUAAACCAAAGACUGAACACAUUUCUAUUGUCUUAUAGAAACACUCCUCAUGCAAUCACAAAAGUUUCUCCAGCUACAGCUUUGUUGAAACGACAACUACGCAGCAGACUGGAUCUUCUGAGACCAACCGGAACCAAGCAGAUUGUAUUGUCACAACAGCGAAUGCAGGUGGAGAGGCGAUCCAAAGCGAAGUUCAGGAGUUUCAACAGAGGUGACAACAUACUUGCUCGUAAUUAUGGAAAAGGAGCGAAAUGGGUACCUGCAAAUGUUCUUGCACAAACCGGCCCCGUUUCAUACAUCGUUGAAACAAAGGAAAAGUUGACGUGGAGGAGACAUGUUGACCAGUUGUUGUCCUCGACAAUCUCCAGUGAUGCUCCCUGUGAAUUGGACGCACAUCAACACGCAUCUCACAUCAACUCGGGUCGAAAUGUGGCACCAGAAACCUUACCCACACCAUCUUCAAGUGAACCUUGGGUAAGCGUUCCCAUUGAGAAUACCUCUUCCUCUCCAGUGACUGUUACAGACACUCUAGUAGAAACACCACCGGUGCCUGUUCUUCAUCGUUAUCCGACUAGAGUGUGAAAACCACCACGGAGAUUGGAUCUUUAGUUUAGAGGCUAACCCACGACGUUUGGGCAGAAUAAUCCCCAGGGUUCCGCAAGGGAAUUGAGGCAGUCUACCCUCCUUCCCUAGAGUUAGAAAUAUUUUAUAAAGUGUUCCUAAAAAUGUUCUUAAACUAAAGACAAACGUAUGUAUGACAUCAAGCAUUUAUUUGUUGAGAUUGACUUCAAAAGUAAAAGGGGAGGAAUAUGUUGUGUAUUGUAUUCUUAACGUUUCAGGUUUUGUCCUAACGGUGACUCCGUACUUGUCCCCUGUGAUAUUGUACAUGCGCAGAACAACUGAGUGUAUAUUCGAUAGUGAACGAGUCAGUAAAGGCUGCUAUGUGAAAUG